AUGUCUGCUGCCACCGCACAUGCACCCGCCUCUGGCCCGCCCGCAGGACUUUCUCAUUACUCCUACCCGCAACAGCCAUCAAUGUUGCAGCCUGGCCCUCAGUAUGGUUCGGCGCCACCAGGCUACCCUUCCUAUGGUUACGGUAACGGCGUUCCUUCACAGCUACCAGCAUCAUCAUCCAUGAACAGCUCCAUGGUGCCUUCCACAAUUCAGCUUCCUGCAAUGUCCUCAGGCGCACCAGCCCCUGCACCACAGAGCUACCAGACCCACACGUUCGACCAUACUGGACAGGUCGCACCGCCAGGAAUGAAGCCUCGUGUGACCGCUACGCUCUGGGAAGAUGAGGGCAGUCUCUGCUUCCAGGUGGAGGCAAAGGGCGUGUGUGUUGCCCGUCGCGAAGACAACCACAUGAUCAACGGCACGAAGCUUCUCAACGUGGCGGGCAUGACAAGAGGUCGCCGAGAUGGUAUCUUGAAGAGCGAGAAGACCAGGCACGUCGUCAAGAUCGGCCCUAUGCAUCUCAAGGGGGUUUGGAUCCCUUUCGAACGUGCGCUCGAAUUCGCGAACAAGGAGAAGAUUACUGAAUCAUUGUACCCUCUCUUUGUUCACGACAUCGGAGCCCUACUCUACCACCCUACGAAUCAGAACAGGCAAAGUGUAGGAAGCGCCGCCAUGGCCGCUGUUGGUCGUCCUCGAUCUGACAGUGUGCAGACUGCUCAAAGAUACCUAGCAGGGCCCACCACAUCACAGCCUCCUGCUCUUCACCACCACCACUCCAUGAGUAACCCGAUCGGUACGGCUAUGUCGCAGCCUCCGCAUGCCAUUCAGCCACACCCGUCUGCCGGGCGACCUGGCCUUGACCGUGCUCACACAUUCCCCACACCGCCUACAAGUGCGUCGAGUAUCAUGGGUCUGGGUAACCAAGGCAGCUCGUACGAGUGGAAUGGCGCCAAUGUGCAGGGCGCCCCAAGCAAUCAGCCGCUUUCCAUCGACACUGGUCUGAGCAACGCCCGUUCCGUGCCAACAACGCCGGCAAGCACACCUCCGGGCGCCGUACAGCAGGGCAUCUCAUACCCUUCUGCGCAAAGUUAUGAUGGCUCCAGGCCCAUGUACUCUGCGCCUCCCUCUCAACCUGGCCAGUACCACACUCAAGGUCAGUCCAUGAUGGGAUACCGCAAUGAUGGCCAGUAUCCCAAGACUGAGAUGGCGCCACCGUCUAGGAUCACCGAAGUCCCGGAUGAGAAUGAGGUCAAGCCUGCUGAUGGAUCGUUGUCGCAAUCCAACGACCAAGGCAGCGCACCCAACGGGGGCGAAGGCGAUCACGAACAGGAUCACGAGUACACUCAUUCCAACGCUCCUUACAAUGGUAACAGGAGUGCUUAUGGCUAUAACCACAACGGUGCUCAGGGAGCAAUGCACCCCGACCAUCCACACUUGUCACCGGAGAUGACCGGAUCCCCACACCAAAAUGGCUCAGGUCGCGCAACCCCACGCACCACAGCAACCACAGGGCAAGCGUGGAGCUCAGGCUACCCCACCCCUCAGCGUCAGGGACUUCCCUCGAGCAACCUCUACAGCGUCAUGAGCAGUGAUCCCCGCUCUGCUCCCAACGCCAGUGCCUCUCACGACGGCUACCCAGGUCCCACACAGUACGCAAGCCAAGGCUACCCUGCUACAAAUGGCAUGGGUUCGGCAAAACGUAGUCGCGACGACGACGAACAAGAAGCCUACCGCCCCGACAGCGUCCAGGGUGAUGACAUGGGUGGCCUCAAGAGGCGCAAGACCAUGGAAGGAGGUGCAGUUGGCCCCUACGCCCAAGCUGUCUCGACCAUGGAUAAUUUCAGACCCACUCUCAGGCAGCGCGUUACUCAAUGCUCUCAACGAACAUAUACACCCACGUUUGUGUCGCACAAUACCACGAGUCUCACCCUACAUGUGACGAAGACCAAGCGAUAA